UUACUUAAAGCUCGUGGUCUACCUCGUGAUGAAUGGCCAUUCUCGCUGGACCAGAUAAAGCGAAAUAUUGAUAAGGGGCGUUACCGGCGCUUAGAUCGAUUUCAAAGAGAUUUCUUCGAUCUUUUUGAUCGGGCCCGUGAGCUCAGCAGGAGUGAUUCAAAGCUUUUCGAAGAUGCCACAGAACUGCAGCUAGCUUUUAUUAAAGAAAGGGAUACUCAGUGUAAAGGAAUUCUUGUUUCAACUGCUUUCACUGCUAUAGAAAACGAUGUGUUGGAGGCAGUAGAAAAGCUCCGAAAAUCCAAAAUGCAUCAAGAGGCAGAGAUCCAGCGGCGUGAAAGCAACGAUCAAGAGAUUGAAAAACAGGAAGGAGAGGUUGACUUGGAUUCGCUGAACUUCGAUGGUAUUGAGUAUACAAUACCGUCGUAUGCCUACAUUUCUCGAACUGAUGACAACCAUCGCGCUCCACCUCACAUUAUCAGGGUGGAACGGAUUUUCAAGACUGAUACUGGAGAAAUGAUGGUGAGAGGAAAGUGGGUCUAUCGGCCGCAUGAAACUCUGCAUUUAGCCAAUCGAAAGUUUAUCGAAAACGAGGUUUUCAUCACUCCAUUUAUCGAUACCGUACUUGCCGAACGGCUCAGUGGCCUUUGCAUGGUGGUAUCUGUGAAAACCUCGUUACAUAAUGUAGUCGAAGGAGUCAAUCCAAGCGAUCUUUAUGUUUGCGAAUGCCGGUAUCUAGGAAAACCGCGAUACUUUGCUAAAAUCAAGACAUGGCCUUUCCCUGAAGAUGAGGAGAAGUUGAAA